AUGAAUGGAAGAACACAUUCCUUCCCUCUACUGGAGGAUCUGACAAUCCUAAUUCUAUUGGCUUGCGCUACGCUUUCUCUUGGAUUCGAGAUCAAAGAGAAUGGUCCAAAAGAAGGUUGGUAUGAUGGUGGAAGCAUAUUUGUUGCUGUAUUUCUUGUUAUUUCUAUCUCAGCUAUCAGCAACUUCAGGCAAAGCAGGCAAUUCGACGAGCUUUUGAAGGUGAGCGAUAAUAUCCUGAUUGAAGUUGUAAGAAAUGGAAGGAGGCAAAAAAUAUCAAUAUUUGACAUUGUUGUUGGAGACAUAGUUUGUCUGAAGAUCGGCGAUGAAGUACUUGCAUACGGAUUAUUUCUAGAUGGGCACUCAUUGCAAGUGGAUGAAUCUAGCAUGAAAGGUGAAAGUGAUCAUGUUGAAAUCGAUCAAGAUAGAAACCCCUUCCUGUUCUCUGGCACAAAGAAGAGAGGAAAAACUGAAGGGGGGAAAAAAAAGGCAUGGUGA